GGGUCUGGUCCACUUAAAAGGGUCGUGGAGGGCUUGGGGCCGGGUCACUCGGGUGGAGUCUUCAGACAGCUGGUGCCGCAGGUCGCAGGAACCUUCGCUUCGCUCCAGUCAUGGCCUGUGGUCUGGUCGCAAGCAACCUGAAUCUCAAACCUGGCGAGUGUCUCAGAGUUCGAGGCGAGGUGGCCCCCGACGCCAAGAGCUUUGUGCUGAACCUGGGGAAAGACAGCAACAACCUGUGCCUGCACUUCAACCCCCGCUUCAACGCCCACGGGGACUCGAACACUAUCGUGUGCAACAGCAAGGAUGGCGGAGCCUGGGGGACUGAGCAGCGGGAGCCUGCCUUCCCUUUCCAGCCUGGGAGCACCGUGGAGGUGUGCGUCACCUUUGACCAGGCCGACCUGACCAUCAAGCUGCCGGAUGGACAUGAGUUCAAGUUCCCCAACCGCCUCAACAUGGAGGCCAUCAACUACAUGGCGGCGGAUGGCGACUUCAAGAUCAAGUGUGUGUCCUUUGAGUGAAGCCAGCCCGCCCGUAGGCCUCAAUAAAGGCAGCUGCCUCUGCUUCCCGCAA